GUCUCCUGGAAUCAUAUCAUAAUUACAACGGACUAAAAUUGUUGAUUCAGUGCCAGUGUUGAAUUGCUACAAGCGUUGACAUGCUGUGAACCGUUUUACAUUUCUCACUUGAAAUAUAGCAUGAGUCAUAUGGACUUUAUAGUGUGACUGUAUGAAUGUACGGUAACUGAGAUCUUCACCUAAACACUCAUAUUUCGAUGCAUUUCUGUGACAGUUGAAGAGAAGAUAGAGACAGUGAUGGAGGGAGAAUCUCUCACUCUUCACACUGGUUUUACUGGAUCACUGGGAGAUGUUACGAUACAGUGGUGCUAUGAAACUGAAGACAAUCUCAUUGCUGAAAUCGAAAGAGGGACUACAAAGAAACAGGAGGGUGCUGAUGGGAGAUUCAGGGGCAAACUGAAGCUGGAUGGUCAGACUGGAGAUCUCACAAUCAGUAACAUCAGGACCAUUCACUCUGGACUCUAUAAACUCAAGAUCAGCAGCACAGCCAGAAACACCAAAUACAAGAGAUUCCUUGUUACAGUCAAUGUGAAGUCAGUGUCAGUGACGGCAGGAAAUUCUGUGUAUCUCCAAACUAAUGCUGAAAUACAGAGCGAUGAUCUGAUACUGUGGACGCGUGGAGCUGACAACGUUCUCAUUGUUAAAAAAGAUUCACAAUCAACUACUGUUAAUGAGAGAUUCAGAGGCAGACUUCGGUUGGGCAAGAAGACUGCAUCUCUGACCAUCACAGACAUCACAAAUACAGACUCAGGACAUUUUAAACUGCAGAUCAUCAACUCUAAAAAGACCAUAUUCAGGAGAAUCAACGUGACUGUCACCGGUUCCACAGGAAACCAAUUGAGUGAACUAGAGACCGCAGUAAUGCUGCUGUCGGACGAUGUGGAUGGAGUGAAUGAGCAGGAAGAGACAUGGUCCCUUUCAUGAAAUAAGACACGCCCACCAGUGCCAAAACUUUUACUCUUAACAAUUUAGAUGCAUGACACUUUCCCAUGAUAUGUGGACGCUGCAAUUACCAAGCACUAACAAAAGGGCCUAUUUACAGUGAUGCCACUGAAGAACCAUUUUUAGAUUAUUCAAACCAGUGCACAGUUCUUAAAAGAACUUUUUUUUUAUUAAUGUGAAGAACAUUUUAAAGCUUUCUUUCACUACAAAGAACUUUCUGUGAAACGGAACAAUUCCAUGGAGGUUAAAGGUACAUCAUGGAAAUAAUUCCUUAAAAUCAACAUGGUGCAAAAAUAGUCUGAACACUUAACAGUAAUAAUGCAUAAAUUAUAGAUUGUUAUUACUCACAUUACAAUGAGAGUGUUCAUUUUCAUUACUUUAUAGAGAAGUUAUUUACUUUCUUAUUCUGUUUCUGUUAAUCAGUGUUGGGGACAGUUACUUUUAGAAGGAAUGUGUUACAAUAUUGUUAUGUCCUAAAAGAAUAACUAGUUAUGUUGCUUUUAGUACUACGUAGCAUAGAUACUACCCUAUCUUGCUCAUAUGGUAUUAAUUUUAUUUGUGCAGGUCCUAGAAAGGAAUGUUUAAAGCCUAUAUUUGAGUUUUUAUUCUUUUUUUUUCUUUAAGCUUAAA